CCGUAACGCCGCCAUGCAAAGGUUUUCAAUGGGCAUGGCCCUCCAGGGCCUGAGGCCGGGCCUGGUGUGGCGUGCAAUUUGAGCUUUCAAUUCAGCCGGCGGCGCUGCAUUCAAAGUAGGGCGGCUGGGCCGUGGCGCUGCCAGUGCAGCAAGGAGCAAGCACAGCUCAUGGGCCGCUGUGUUAAUCUGGGUAUUACUUCAACCGGGUCUGGUUCUGAGGUGCUGAUGAACUGAGACACGUUCAUUGCUGGCGAAGUCGCCUUACCAUGAUCCGUCAGCUCUUCCAGGAUGGUGCAGGCCUUCAGCGUCGAUCGCAUUUGUUGUAAGCUAGGCACUGCCCUCUUCAGCAGCCACCUUGCACCCAACGCAGGCAAUCCUGUUCUCAGAGCGUCACAAACUCUUCAUCGCCGCUUCCACACAAAGUAUGACAUUCUUAUAGCGGAAUCAAGACCACAGUCACAGAUUUGCAGCGCGGAGCGGCAUUCAAAUCAGCCGGUACCCUUUGGUUUUCACACAUCCAAGUACUUGACGGCUAGACAAGUGCAAAGGGGCUCGUAUGUUUGGCAAAAGUGCCCUGAGGUCAGGCACAGGACUCUGAUGGCUUCUCCAGCUUCUGCAGUCACAGGAUCAGCAGGGGAGCUGGUCAGAGGGGGCCUGGCGCCAGAAUCCUUUGCACUUGGAACUUUUGAGGUUGAAGGUCAGGCAACGGCUGGAUACAUCCAGGGAGGUCAGAUCUGGCCUCUGGAGGAAGCGCUACCUGGCCAUGGCAAUCUGGAGGUCCUGGAGGUAAUUCGGAACUGGAGCACUCUGCAGAGCAGCAUCAGUAAACCAGACAGCCCCGGCGCCUCCCUGGCGGACGUGAAGCUGCUGACUCCAGUCCGGGUCGUGCGGCCCCCCAUGUGCGUUGGGAAGAACUACCAGGAGCACGUGAAGGAAGUCGACUCGUGGAAGGGCCCCGGGAUCACGCAGCCUAGUGUGCCUACUACUCCUAUCAUCUUCACGAAAGCCGCCGAGUCGGUGAUCGGUCCGGGGGAAGCCGUACAGUAUCCGCACGGCGUCUCAUCCGAAGUCGACUACGAGGCAGAGCUUGCUGUCGUCAUCGGGACCGGCGGGCGCGGCAUCUCGAGAGAGGACGCAUUGGGCCACGUGUUCGGAUACACCAUUCUCAAUGACAUCACCGCCCGAGACCUGCAAAGAAACCAUCAGCAGUGGUUCCUAGGCAAGAGCGUCGACACGUUCUGUCCUGUCGGCCCUUGGAUCGUCCCCGCCUCCCAAAUCGACGGUCAGAACCUGGGGAUCAAGUGUUGGGUCAACGAGGAGCUGCGGCAGGAGUCCCGCACAUCGGAGAUGAUCUUCGACAUCCGGGACCUCAUUCACACCAUCUCGGCGGCCGUCACGCUGCAGCCGGGUGACAUCAUCGCCACGGGAACCCCUGCAGGUGUUGGUGCGGGCUUCAAGCCGCCACGGUGGCUGGUGCCUGGUGAUACCGUCACGAUAUCGGUGGAAGGAAUUGGAAUCCUCCAGAACGCAAUUGAAUGAGAUUGAGCGAUACAAUUACAGAACUUUCAACAGAGGGCUUCGUCGAUAUCGGCAUUCAAGUGUACAGCUUAUCCUGUUUACAUGUAGAAAGUCGCGAAGGUUUAAGUUACAAUGUGUUUAAGGGGCUUCGUGCACCAAUAAAGUGGCUAGCACAAGCCUCAGAGUCCUGCGAAGUGGCGACCAACCGAUUUACUCACCAAGCACUAUGUGCAAUAUGCUUUACGAUUCGGUCAGGUUGUUCGAUGCUCAGAUGCUUGAUUUUCUUACUGCUGCUGGAAGCUUUGUGCUAGCUACG